UCUGGUCGCUGCCUCUCGCCUUAUCCCCCUCUCCUCCUCCUCCUCCUUUUCCCCUUCCCCGCUCGACCCACCCACCGCGCCGGCGAUGAUGUCGAUCACCUCCACCGCCGCCGCCGCCGCCGGCAGCCCGGUCUACACGCCGCUCGUCUCCAGGGGCGGGCGGCGCAGCAGGUGCGCCGUCCGAGCCCAAGCGGCCGGAGAGGGGACAGCCGCCGCCGACGGGGCGGCGUCGGAGCACAAGUCGCUGGAGAUAAUGCGCAAGUUCUCGGAGCAGUACGCCCGCCGCUCCAGCACCUUCUUCUGCUCCGACAAGUCCGUCACCGCCGUCGUCAUCAAGGGGCUUGCUGACCACAAGGAUCAACUCGGAGCACCUCUCUGCCCCUGCAGGCAUUACGACGACAAGGCCGCCGAGGCGGCACAAGGGUUCUGGAACUGCCCGUGCGUCCCCAUGCGAGAAAGGAAGGAGUGCCAUUGCAUGCUUUUCCUUACGCCCGACAACGAUUUUGCCGGAGAGGACCAGGCUAUCAGCUUGGAGGAGAUCAAGGAGGCGACGUCCAAGUACUAACCACACAACACCUGUUUUGCUCAGAGAGGGGCUAUAGUCAGUCGUCGUUGUCGGGACCUGUAUAUGUAGUAUCUCUGUAACAACAGGAAAUAAGAAAUGCCUGUCUGGAAUGAUGUCUGUUGUCAUCCAUCUUGAGAGAAGUUAAGGCCUGAUGGUUGCACUCCCGACUCGUCAAUUUUACGAUUUAUUGUGUGUU